UUCGUUUUCUCCCCGCUGUUAAGGUGCGAUGCCGCCUAAGGACCGCAGCAGAGGCAAGCUGCCAGCUCCCCUCCCAAAAGACAUGAUCCUGAAAGACACCGAAGGAAAAGUCUGGAGGCUGGGUGGUCAGAUCGCCCAGGGAGGAUUUGGCUUGAUCUAUUUAGCUUCCCCUCAAACUGAUCUUCCUGUAGAAGAUGAUGCAGUACAUGUAAUUAAAGUGGAAUAUCUUGAAAAUGGCCCCUUAUUUUCUGAACUGAAAUUUUACCAGAGAGCUGCAAAACAAGAGCAUAUAAGAAAAUGGAUGAGUCUCAAAAAAAUAAGAUGUUUAGGGAUUCCAGUAUUUUGGGGAUCAGGCUUGACUGAGUACAAAGGAAAAAGCUAUAGAUUCAUGGUCAUGGAGAGACUGGGAGAAGACCUUCAAAGAAUCUUUGAAGAUUCUGGAAGCAGAUUUAAGAAGGAGACUGUUCUGCAACUUGGCGCACGAAUGUUGGAUACUCUGGAAUAUAUACAUGAAAAUGAGUAUGUUCAUGGUGACAUUAAAGCAGCAAAUCUACUCUUGGGCUAUGCCAAUCCACAUGAGGUUUAUCUUGCAGAUUAUGGACUUUCCUACAGAUAUUGUCCCAAUGGGAACCACAAACAGUAUCAGGAAAAUCCUAGGAAGGGCCAUAAUGGGACAAUAGAGUUUACCAGCAUAGAUGCCCACAAGGGAGUAGCCCCAUCCAGACGAGGUGACCUUGAAAUCCUUGGCUACUGCAUGUUGCAGUGGUUAUGUGGGAAGCUGCCCUGGGAACAGAACCUGAAGGACCCUGUAGCUGUCCAGACUGCAAAAACAAAACUUAUGGAUGAGCUCCCACGUUCAGUGGUGGAAUGGGAUUCUUCUGGACAUAGCUGUGGUGAAAUAGCCAAGUUUUUGGCAUGUGUCUAUGCCUUAGCUUAUGAUGAGAAGCCAAUGUACCAAGUGCUCAAGAAAAUCCUGCUGGAUGGGCUGGAAUCAAGUGGAACUCGCUACGAUGGCCCUCUGGAAUUUUCUGCUGCAGCACACACGCGGAAUCACUGUGCUGCUAAAGUGUCAAAAGUUCGCUUACCAAAGCCUGCGCCAAAGCCAGUUCAGCAGAUGCAAAAAAAGAUGGAAAGUAAAGAACACGUGUGUCAAACCAAGGCCCAGACUGGGGUAACGGGCAAACAACCCAGAGAUGAAGAAAAGCCAAGUCAAUUAACCCAGAAGCUUCACCAAACGAAGCCUCAGCAGCAUGCAGAAUUACUGUCUGUCCACCGGCGGGUUCACUCACCAAGAUCUUCACUAAAACCAGGGCAUCAGAAGCAAAACACACUGCAGGAGGAAGGAGAGCACUGCCUAAGCAGGGCCCAGGCGCAGGUAACAUGCUGCCAAUUCCAGGCUCAACAGAAGCCGGGUAGAAUUUACCCUCCAAUUCAGGAGCCCAACCACCCACAAAAGGGAGACACUGCAAGAGAAUUACCCCCAUUUGACCUGCAUGCAACAUUCCCCGAAUGCAAAAAGAAACACCAUCAACUCUUAACUGCAGUUCAUUCAGGUUCACUGCAAGAAACUGGUUCCGACAGCACUAGUCCCUCUGUCUCUGUUCUAGUUAAGCUCGCAUUUACUGAUGAAACCUACCACUACACUAUAGCUAUACUUGUACUUCUGCUACUAAUAUUACUUUCCUUGUAUUUUCUUUGAUGUCACUGUUUCAGUAUCUUCAGUCUAAGUGCAGCGGUGUUCCCAGCACGCAGGUUUUUCUCAAAGUUUCUUCACUGAAGAUUUCAGUGUCAGUGGCUUGGAAAAGAUUUUUUAUAAUAAUACCGUCAGUAUCUUUUAAAGCCAAGUUCUCAAACUUUUCAAAUCUGUACUCAGUAGUUCUGUAUACGCUAAACUGUUUGUACAAGGCUGUUUUGUGUUAAUGGAUGAUGGGAUUCUUUUGGAAACUGGACCAUUUGCUACAACAACAGUAAAAGUGUCAUGAAAUCCAUUGGGGUGUGAUAUUUAAUUACUGUGACACUAGUAUGGUGAGAACUGGUGUGUAGCUGUCUUUAUACUGUUUCAGAAAACCUUUAGUUAAAUACUAAUACAUUAAAAGCAUGGGAAUUUAGUUUUCCUCUCUUUCUUCUAAUGUGUAAUGGGGAGGUAGUAGCCAUGUAUUCUCUUUUACAACAGACUUUGUUAGUUUUUGCCUUUAUCUAAGCGACCACACACAGUUUAGUUCAAUCCCUCAUUGCCA